ACUGGGACUGGUCACCGCCACCUCGAUUGAGCCGCGGCGCCUGCGGUUUCAUCAUGAUCAUUCCCCCUGCGACCGCCGGUGACGGCGCCGGCACGCUCCAGAAGACGCUUCAGGCGGUGGUGCAAAGCGUGCAGUGGACCUACAGCCUCUUCUGGCACCUCUGCCCUCAGCAAGGGGUUUUGGUGUGGGGGGACGGGUACUACAACGGGGGGAUCAAGACGCGGAAGACGGUGCAGCCGGUGGAGGUCAGCACGGAGGAGGCGGCCCUGCAGCGGAGCCAGCAGCUGCGGGAGCUCUACGAGUCGCUGUCGACGGGGGAGGCCAACUUACCGGCUCGCCGCCCCUGCGCCGCGCUCUCGCCGGAGGACCUUACCGAGGCCGAGUGGUUCUAUCUCAUGUGCAUCUCCUUCUCCUUCCCGCCGGCUGUCGGGCUCCCUGGAAAGGCAUUUGCCCAGCAACGAUACGUUUGGCUGACCGGAGCGAGCGAGGUGGACAGCAAAGUAUUUUCGAGGGCUAUUCUGGCAAAGAGCGCUCAAAUUCAGACAGUCGUGUGCAUUCCUCUGGUCGAUGGAGUCCUUGAACUGGGCAACGUCGAAAAGGUCGAGGAAGAUGCGGCGUUGAUACAGCACGCGAGGAGAUUCUUCGGCGACUAUCUCGAGACGCACACUAAGCCGGUUCUCUCAGAGCAGUCCACUUCUAAUCUACUUUUCCAACAGCCGCCGCCGGCGAUCGUGCACCAUCAGAUGAGCAUUGACUUUCAUGGUCAACACGACGAAGACGCUGAUCGCGAUCACAACGAUGCCAAUUACGACGACGACGACGAUGAAGAUGACGACGACGACGACGAGGGCGAUGAGGAGGAUGGCGACGACGCAGGGUCAGGUGGUCAAGGAAUAAGAUCGAUCAGUGCCGCCGUCGUCGUCGACGUCUCCGAUAAUGUAAUGGCCGUGGAGGGGGUAGCGAAUGAAGUCACGACGAGCGAGCUGAUGCAGGUCGAGAUGCCGGAGGAGAUGCGCCGGGUGGCCUCUCCCAGCGAUUGCUCCAACGUUGGAUCGCAAUCGAAGGUCCAAAUGCAGGACGAUCGCUCGUACAGAAACUGGCAUUUCCUGCUCGAAGAUCUCGGAACUCAGCUCCAAGAUUUCUCCCCGGAGGACGCUCACUACUCGGAGACGGUCUCCAGCAUCCUCCGGCACAACCUGAAGAGGUGGGUGGACGUCGACGCCUCCUUCCGCUACUCGAUUCAUUCUGCGUUCCUCAGAUGGAGCCACAAAAGAGACCACUGCUACAGCCAUCGUCCACAGAAGACCUCGCAGUGGCUGGUGAAGCGUGUUUUGCUGAACAUCCGGGAACUGCACUGCAAAUUCGGCGACGCUGGCAGCUCGCCGAAGUCGCACAAGGGGACGACGACGAUGACGGCGCAAGAGGAAGGAAGCGCCAAUCACGUGCUGGCGGAACGCAGGAGGAGGGAGAAGCUCAACGAGAGGUUCAUGAUCCUUCGCGCGUUAGUUCCGUUCGUCACCAAGAUGGAUAAAGCAUCGAUAUUAGGCGACACCAUCGAGUACGUGAAGCAACUAAGAAAGCACAUUCAAGACCUUGAGGCCAAGAACAAACAAAUCGAAAGCUGUUGGAGGCUAAACCGCACAAAGCAGCAGCAGCAACAAAGCGCCCGCAAGAAGGGGAAGCUAAGCGCCAGCGGCAACCAAGAGCUAUUAGACAACAGGCUCGGUGCAUUCGAGAAACAAAAGUUACCCGUUGUGGACCCGAACAAUAGAGUGUUGAAUCUCACAAAGACGAGCGAAGCAGCCACGAGUGUGUGCGUCUCGGUGGUAGAAUCUGAAGUUAUCUUGGAGUUACAAUGCAGCUUCAGAGAUGGACUGGUGUUGAGGAUUCUUCAGACACUGCAAGAGCUCGGCCUGGAGGUUACUUCCAUUCAGUACUCCUCCACUGAUGGAGUCUCCAAUGUGGAGUUGCAUUCACAGAUGAAAGAGGUACAAGGAAAGAGAGCUGGAAUUGAUGAUGUAAGAAAGGCCAUUCACCAAAUUAUUGUUUAAGAAUCAAUUAGCUUUGCUAUAGUACACUUGUACUUGGCAUUGCCCACCAUGCUAAUGCUUUAUGGCAUUGAAAGAGUAUACAACCUUAAUUCCCCAAAUAUGACAGUGCUCUUCAGAAAGAGGGCAUGAGCCAAGAAAAGACAAAUAAAUUUACAAGACUACAAUAAUGUGGCAUCUAUGCUAAGAAUAUUUUCCUUGAUUUUUUAGAAAAUUGUUGCAAAUAACACUUGACUACAACAUGAUAACAUGUGUACAAAUCUAUGGGAGAUUUUAGUACCCAUAUGUUGGAUUAUCCUAAUCCCUCUCUUAAUUCGUUGAUAGUAGUAUUUCUUUUAUGUUCA